AUGUGUUUCUUUAAGAAAAGGGUCAACAAUAAUAAGUCACAAGUUAAAACAGAUUUACCAUUUGUUCCAGUUGAAGAUAGAGACAUAAAUAAAGAAGGUUAUAUUUCGGGUGUUUACUAUUCAAACUGGUCUCCGUAUAAACCACGUUCUCACUUCCCUCAUGAUAUUAACUUCAAUCAAAUAUCCCAUGUGUUCUAUGCAUUUUUCGUAAUAGAUUCAAAAACUGGACGUAUUAAAUCUAGUGACACUUGGUCUGAUUUUGAAAUGACUAUAGAACCAAUUAGGAAUAUUAACAGUGACAGGUAUGGUAAAAUUAAAUUACUUGGUUGUAUCGGUGAAUUAUUUUGGUUGAAGAUGGAUUAUUUUCGGAGAAACAAUGAGGGGUUUAAGACAAUCAUGUCGGUAGGUGGUUGGUCGAAUAGAGAAUUAUUCCCCAAAAUGGUUAGAAGUCAAAAGAAAAUGGACCAAUUUAUUGAAUCAUGUAUUGAUACUAUGUUUAAACAUGGAUUUGAUGGGAUCGAUUUGGAUUGGGAAUUUCCUAAGGAUGAUGGAGUUGAACCUAAAAAGUAUCUCGAAAUUGUGGAAAGAUUGAGAUCCGGAUUAAAUGAGUUAGAAAGAUCAAUUUGGGGUCAUGCAUGUAAUAGAUUUCAUCUUUCUGUGGCAACUCCAGCAUUUGAAGAGAAAUUGAAGAUUUUACUAGUCAAUAAAAUGAAUCCAUACAUAAAUUUUUGGAAUAUGAUGACAUAUGACUAUUAUGGGGAAUGGUCAGAAUAUACAGGUCUUCAUUGUAACCUUUAUAAUGGUAUGAGACAAAAAAGGAUUGGCUUACAGGUGCAAUAUAAGCAUGAUUCUAAAUCCAAUGAUGAAACAUCGUUAAAUGCAGAUUCGGCCAUAGCAUAUAUGAGAAAACAAUAUAACAUUCUGUCUUCAAAAUUAGUUCUGGGUAUGGCUAUGUAUGGUCGUGGGUUUACUCAAGUGUCAUUACCUAAACCAGUUUCUUCAUCACUAUUAUUAAAUGAUCCAAAUACAUUCUUGAAGAAAAAAUUUAAAGGUGUCGGUGGUGAAUCUGAGGGAGAAUCAGGAAUCUGGUUAUACAAUCAACUACCAAUUCCUAAUAGCAAAGAAAUGUUUGAUCCUGACCAUGUGGCCGCAUAUUGUGUGGAUGUGAAGAAUAAAAUAUUAGUUGGCUAUGAUAACGUAAAUUCUACUCUAGUUAAAAGUGAAUAUAUUAUGUCUAAUGGAUUAGCAGGUACAUUUUGGUGGGAAUCAUGUGGAAAUACUUGGGACGAUACCAGUCGUUCCCUUGUGAAUACGUAUGUUAAGAGAAUAAAGAAAGUGAAUAGAACUCAACAUAAUAUAUAUAUGGACAAAAAGGUGCAAGUUUAUUAUAUUGAAAGAUAUGGGAAGAAUGGAUUUUUAACAGAACUACUCUCAAAUGUAUAA